ACCACAGCAUAGAAUUUGCCUUUACCUUGGUACAUGUAGGCCUAACGUAUAUUACUGGAUUGGUGGUGUUCUACAUUGUCUAGCAACGUACAUGUACACGUACAUGUACAUGUAUGUAGGCCUACAGUACGUGUUGGUGGCUUUACGCACAGCGCCACGACCAGUCACAUAUUGCCGCUUUUCUUCCUGCUCCGAAAAACAGUUUGGCGCAAAAUGUAGCUGUAGCACUUGUUCAGAGUUUGUUUUACAUCAUUACACAUACAUAAAUAAAGGGUUACUUUGAAUAAUGAGGGAGAGGUAGGACCGAGAGAGAGGAAUGACUCGCUUUCAGCUCUUGUCCGUGGUGGUCGCUUUCAUGGUGUUCUGCCGGGGUUGCCAGCCGUGUAAAGUGGUCAACUGGAGGCCCAAAACAGUGGCUGAACAGGCGGCCGAGGCUGAGAUUAUCGUGUACGGUACCAUCACGGAGCACUACCCGUUACCCGAUGUUCCCUUGGACAGGGCCUACAUUGCUGAAAUGAACGUGACCUGUAACUUGAAGGGAGAAGUCCUGCCCUCCAGAAUCAACAUCUCAGAGGCAGGCAAACUGACCUCAUGUCAUCACACGCUGCUGCCUGUCGAUGGCACGUACUUCACCUUCCUCGAGCGGAACGCGGACGGCAACUUGGUACCAGACGAAGUCAACCAUCUCUCCGUCGCCUUCCCGCCCACGAAGGAGAACGUGCAGGGCGUGGCAGAGGCGGUGGGGAACUUGGAAGAACGGUGCCCGCAGCUCCACGAGCGACCUGCAGGCUACAGAGGCGGUGAUGAUACGGAUGGCAAUGGCACAAUUAGAGCUGCUGGAUCAUUUAUGUGUAUCGUUGUCAUGGUUAUCACGGCAAUUACAGAGAGUUCCUUGCACUUUUAAUUUGAACGCUUCUUUCGUCAUGGCGUAAAUUUAAGUUGAAAUUUUCAACCCUUUUGGCUAUUUUAGAAAACAAAUGCGUUUUCGGAGGGUGAAAAGUGUGGACAUUGUUCAUGCAACUACAUAUGGGUCUAUUUACACAUUUUUUGAAGGAAGGGAAAUGAAAUACAUGUAGAACAAAAUAUUUGCCCCUCUCCGUUUAUUUUUGAAGAUAAAUUUUUGCACCUUUUCGGGAAAGGGGGGGGGGGCAGGGCGUGGUCCCGUUGGUCUCCCGGAUCUGACCUUGUCUAACAAUUGUAAUCAAGUGGACUUUACCUACAAUUCCUCAUGUUAUGAACUACAAUGAGGAAAUAACUACAUGAAAAGAUAAGUUUUAUUUCAGUCAGAGAAAUAACUCUUAAAAGUUCCAAAUUUCUAAUAUUAAUGUCACAAAUAAUUACCAACUUAAUUUAGCCAAGAGGUUGUUUUUUAGUAGAAUAAAAAGCAGUACUGCAAUCUCAACAAUUCAUUUAUACCCCAAAAGACAUACCACAACAUAGCUUGGAGGGCCGUUUGAAAAACUCGGCUCGGUCCAUAACUCGGCGCCUAUUCUCAUGAUCCGGUCUUCAAAGAACGUUUAUAAGACCGAACAAGCAUGUAGUUUACCCAAAGAGAACAAUAACUGUUUGGUAUCCCAGUGGCAUGCAUGAAAUUGACAGCUUAUUGAAUCUUGAGAGUUUUUAAAAGAUUAUUUCAUUAAAUAUGUCAGCAGUAAUAAAAGAAACAAAGAUA